AUGAAUAAUCACAUUGCUAGGACUAAAAAAAGGACUGGAACGAAAACCACAAGAAAUUCGGCCCGUAAAGAAGAAAUCCAUAAAGUGAAGCCGACAAGAAGUUCGAUAACAAAGAAGAAGGAAACACCCGACGUUGAAUUUCUAGUGACUAAUCCGAAAUCGGUAUUAAGGAGGAUUAAAUUACCGAAAAAUCUUGAUAUGAAAGAAUUUCUUCCGUUCAAUGAAGAACAUCAACAGCGAUUACUUAAUCUAUUGCCCUUCGAUGAUAAAACGCCACCGCAUAACGUGGAUGAUGAUGACACUGACAACUAUCCAGAUAAUGGAAUGGAGAUUGAUUUGACAAAAGAGAACAAAUCCCCUAGAGAUUUACCAAUUAAGAAUGCUAAUCGCUCAUCACCAUCGAAAUUAUCAGCGAAAAAGACAAGUGCCUCGUCAUCAAAAUCAUCGGUAAACACUUCAUCAUCAAAUGAGAUGCCAGUCGAAAGUACAUACACGAUAUCACCUUUGACAAAUGACGAUCCAGAAGAUCUUUCCCAUAUUAACAACAACGGAUGUGAUAGUCCGAUUCAGAACAAGAAUAGUAAUAAUCAAACAACGGUGAGUCCGUUGAUAGCUGGAGAUGCUGCUUCUGUUAGUCUUCAGGAACUCUGUCAGGAAGGAGUCAUUACUGUCGGAGAUGAAUUACAUUACAAACGGUCUUUUAAUAAGGCCAAACAUGUCGUGGAGGGGAUUUAUAAGGUAGUUGAGAUUAGAGAAGACGGUACAUUAAUAGUAGAACACAACAAAUUUCCUGUUGACACCAGCACAUCAAUUAGCAACAACAUCAACACUACCAACCCUGACUCCUCCCCCACCAUCAGGACUUCGACGACUGGCUUGUUUGCCGUCACGAGACUAAACACCCUCGAGACCAAGGUCAUCGAGGAUGAUGGUCAUGUAAAAAAAGACCAACGUCCCAAUGGCAAUGCAUAUAAAAAUUUCCGCGUUGUACGCGCUGGUCGAGAUCUCGGCACAAUCUUUGGGCUGAGAUCCGAAUACGCGCAAAAAAAGAAAAAGGACUAA